UCAAAAUAAAGUUGUAAUGUAAAAUAAACUUUUCCAAAAGCCAAUUGGAAUGUAUUUUCAAGUCCGUCAUCUUGUUCCUCUCUUUCCCUCCAUCUCUCUGCGGACCGGAAAUCAACGGAGCGACGACGUCUGAGACCUUCAACCUAACCCCGUCUACACCCUCCGCCCUGCGUAUGAUCCGUAACAAUAUCCCAAGGGCUAAAACCCAGAUUGUUCCUUCUUCAACUUGCCCUGAAUGGGCCAAUCAGCUUCGUCGGCUGCGAUUCUUAGCCGCCGCGAUACCAAUCAUAGCCAUCGAUCUAAGAUCAAAUCGACGUCCCUAAGCUCCCCGAUGCACCUGGAUGGAACCAAUAACUUUCAGGUAAUACUUCAUGGAACAUCCGACUUCAUUUCCGAUCUUCCGGAUGAGUGCUUGGCUUGUAUUUUCCAAUCCCUCAGCUCCGUCGACCGGAAGAGCUGCUCUCUCGUUUGUCGCCGGUGGUUCAAAGUCGAGGGGCAAAGCCGUCACCGUCUCUCCCUUAAAGCUGAAGCGGAUCUUUCCUCCAUGAUACCUUCCCUUUUUACUCGAUUCGAUGCUGUCACCAAACUUGCUUUGAAGUGUGACCGUAGGUCUUCGAGCAUCGGAGAUGACCCUCUUAUCCUCAUCUCCCUCCGAUGCCGUAAUUUGACUCGUCUCAAGCUUCGUGCGUGCCGUGAAUUGACCGAUGUUGGCAUGGCUGCUUUUGCCCAGAACUGCAAGGGUUUGAAAAAACUCUCUUGUGGAUCUUGCACAUUUGGAGCCAAAGGAAUGAACGCUAUUCUUGAUCAUUGUUCCGCCCUCGAAGAAUUAUCAGUGAAGCGACUUCGAGGUAUCACUGAUUCGACUGCUGAGCCGAUUGGGCCUGGCGUGGCUGGGUUAUCUCUCAAAACUAUUUGCCUGAAAGAUCUUUAUAAUGCACAGUGUUUCGGACCGCUAUUAAUCGGUGCUAAAAGUUUGAGAACUUUAAAGCUCUUCCGAUGCUCAGGAGAUUGGGAUGCUUUGCUCAGCGUUAUAUCAGACCGAGUGACUAGUCUUACUGAAGUCCAUCUCGAAAGGCUUCAGGUAAGUGAUGUAGGCCUCUCAGCGAUCUCAAAUUUCAUGGAUCUGGAAAUUCUGCACCUUGUUAAGACCCCGGAGUGUACGAACCUGGGCAUUGUAGCGUUAGCAGAACGAUGCAAGCUCUUGAGGAAGCUGCACAUUGAUGGAUGGAAGGCAAAUAGGAUUGGUGACGAGGGUUUAGUAGCAGUUGCAAGAAACUGCUCUAACCUUCAAGAACUGGUUCUCAUCGGAGUGAAUCCCACGAAGGUGAGCCUGGAGAUAUUGGCCUCGAAUUGUCGAAAUUUAGAGCGGUUGGCAUUGUGUGGAAGCGAUACAGUUGGUGAUAGUGAAAUCUCCUGCAUUGCCGCAAAAUGCAUAGCACUGAAAAAGCUUUGCAUUAAGAGCUGUCCUGUUUCGGAUCAAGGUAUGGAAGCGCUUGCCGAAGGGUGCCCAAAUUUAGUGAAAGUUAAGGUUAAAAAAUGUCGAGGAGUAACUCCGGAGGGUGCAGAUUCGUUGAGGUCGAGUAGGGGAUCGCUGGCUGUGAAUUUAGACAGUGGUGAACCUGAAAUUCCAGAUGCAAGUGCAAGUGAUGGUGGGAUACAGGAUAAUGUUGUUGAUUUUCAGCCGAUUCCAAAUCAAGUUGCGCCUCCUAUGAUUGCAUCUAGCAGUGCUGGGCGAUCAUCGUCACUAAAGUCAAGGUUAGGCCUUUUGGCAGGGAGGGGUUUAGUUGCUUGUACACUGAGAAGGUGGUCAGGUGGUAAUAGUAGUUCUCGAAUUAAUAAUUAGAUAUCAGGAACGAAGCAAGUUACAAAAUGUUAACGCUUCUGGUCUUGUUCUUCUGCAUUGUUUUCUGGUUGUAUUGCCUCGAUUCCGUGUUUAAUGUAUCUCAUUUCCAUGCUGUUUGCGCUGCUUA